AUGAAGCUCUACCCAUCUAUCCCCCCCAACCUCGCAACCUGGGCAGCCCGCCAGCCGUUCUUCCUUACGGCAUCGGCUCCCACCCACGCCCCGCAUGUCAACGUCUCCCCCAAGGGACUCGCCGCCUCGCAUCUCGCCUUCCUCGAUGCCAACACGGUCGCUUACAUUGACCGUUCCGGCUCGGGAUGCGAGACAAUUGCGCAUGCGUACGAAAAUGGUCGAUUGACGCUUAUGUUUAUGUCCUUUGGCACCUUGCCGCGCAUUCUACGCCUCUUUUGUAACGCUGAGGUGAUUGAGCGCGGCACACCGAGGUUUGAGGAAUGGAUGGCCCGCGUCGUGCAGGACCGCGAGGGUGGCGGGAUGGAGGGUGCGAGAGCCGUCAUUGUCGGUCGCGUCUGGGAGGUGCAGACGAGUUGCGGGUUCGGCGUGCCCGCCGUUAAGAAGGAGGUGUACGAACGCGGUGCAGAGGGCGACGAGGGCGACGAGGAGAGCGGCAAGGAACUGUCUAUCUUCCAGGAUAGGCGCACCUUGGAUGACUACUGGCGCAAGAGGGCCGAGAACGGCACAGUCGAGGAGUACCAGGUUGAAAAGAACGUCACGAGCAUUGACGGUCUGCCUGCUCUCAAGGCAGCGAGGCGUGAGGCCGGCGAGGUCUUGAUCCUUGCUGAGGGAAGGGCCAAACUUGGGCGGGCCGCGAGGGAGCGUGAUGGCAUCCUUCUCGGCGUGCUGCUGUCCCUGCUUGUCUGGAGUUUCACUACGAUUGUGUUUGGAAAAUUGUAA